AUGGCGGAUUCAGGGGUGAUCGUCAGGAGCUGUAGAGAAUUAUGGACGAUACUCUUGGGGAGAUCUGCGCUACGUGAGCCACCUCAAAUAGAAGAGGAGCUUGAUAAACACUGGGAUAUGUUACACCAAGGUCUCAGUUACUACAAACCACCCAGCCCUGCAUCUGCCCAGAAGCUCAAAGAGAAGAAGGAUGUUGCUCAAGCAUUGAAGGAUUUUGGCCUCAGAAUCAGCAAACUGAUGUGUCUUGACGAGCAACAAAGUGUUCAGCUCUUACAGUGCUACUUACAAGAGGAUUAUAGAGGCACACAAGAUUCACUCAAGGUCGUACUGAAAGAUGAGCGACAAAGUCAGGCUCUGCUACUAAAGAUCGCUGACUACUACUAUGAAGAGCGUUUGUGUCUGCUGAGAUGUAUCCUCCUCUUGCUGACAUACUUUCAGGACGAGAGACAUCCCUUUAGGGUUGAAUACCACAACUGUGUCUCUAAACUUGAAAAAGACCUCGUAAACAACUAUCAAACACAGUUCAAAGAUUUGUUUAAUGCAGAAGCGCCAACAUGGGAGACCCACGGACCCCUCAUGACCGAGCGGCAAGUUUCACGAUGGUUCUUCCAGUGUUUGAGAGAGCAGUCCUUGCUUCUUGAGAUACUGUUUCUCUACUAUGCGUAUUUUGAGAUGGCCCCAGCCGAUCUCCUGGGCUUCACCAGAAUGUUUAAGGAGCAAGGGUUUGGACUGCGGCAGACAAACCGUCACCUGGUGGACAAAAGUAUGGACGCGCUGGUGGAACGUAUCGGCUACCUUGGUUCUCUAAUCUUGGUCGAGGGAAUGGACAUAGACUUUCUUCACAAGUGUGCUCUGGAGGAUCGUACUGAACAACACCAGUUUUCAAACGCCACUGAUGUCGUCAAGGUGAUGGACCAGCUACUAGUUACUUUUGGAGACAUCCACCACCACGGCCCGGUCCUGCUCGCCUGGGUCCUCCUGAGGCACACUCUGAGGCCCGAGGAGACCAGUCCUGUCAUCAGAAGGAUUGGAAACACCGCCUUGCAGCUGGGAGUGUUUCAGUACCUCUCUACUAUGCUGAAAAGUCUUGGAGCUUCAGGAAACAACUGCACGGCGAGCACAGCAAAGAUGUGCAUCUACGGCCUCCUGUCCUUCGUGGUGACCUCCUUUGAAGAGGACAGCCUGCAGACGGAAAGAGGGUCGUCUGGUUCUCACCUGAUCGAUGCGGCCUGCGAGGUCCUUUCCGCUCCCAGUCUGGCAGAGAUCUUUUGGGAAAUGAAGCCCAACAUGGGAUUGGGGGUGAUUCUGGACAGUGCCGCUGGAAUGUUUCCUCAAAAAAUUGCGCCUUUGUUGCAACUUCUGACGGCGCUGCUUUCAAACAAGACCACAGUCAAAAAGGUUUACAACUUUUUAGAUAAGAUGUCAUUCUACACAGAAAUUCACAAACAAAAACCAAAUGACAUCAUCUCCAAGGACGACGAAACGCUGUGGAAGAGAACGACACCCAAACUCCUCUAUCCUCUCGGCUCGGGGCAGACAAACCUGUGGCUGCCCCAAGGCGUGCUGGGGCAGGUGCUGAUGGGGCCGGAGCAGGACUUUGUAGUGCGCUGGGAUUACUCCUACAGCGCCUGGACUCUGUUCACGUGUGAAGUGGAGCUGCUGCUGCACGUGGUUUCUACUGCAGAUGUUCUUGCUCAUUGCACUCGUGUGAAGCCCAUCCUGGAUCUAGUCCAUAAGAUCAUCAGCACUGACUGGUCUGUGUCAGACUGUCUUCUCCCUCUCACGUCUCGCAUCUACAUGCUUUUACAGAGGCUGACGUCAGUCAUCAGUCCUCCAGUCGAUGUGAUUGCGUCGUGUGUAAACUGCCUUUCUGUUCUGGCUGCACGGAUGCCUGGAAAGGUGUGGUCAAGUCUGCAGCACACAGGGUUUUUGCCAUUUUCAUCUAAUGCACUGACGUCCAUGGCUCAAUGUAUUAGCGCUGAGGGCAUGAAAGCUGGUAACUACGGCAACCUGUUGGUUCAAAUUGAGCAGCCGAGAGGGGAGUAUCCUGUGACCAUUGCCUUUCUUCGCCUUAUUACAACUUUAGUGAAGGGUCAGCUCGGAAGCACUCAGAACAACGGCCUGGUGCCCUGUGUGCUGUUGGUGUUGAAGGAAAUGCUCCCGACUUACCACAAGUGGCGCUAUAACACCUACGGAGUGCGCGAGAGAAUUGGUUGUCUGAUAUUGGAACUAAUACAUGCCAUUCUGAACCUGAGCCCCGAAGGAGAGAGUCAGGGGAGCACUCCUUCUCUACAGUCUUUGUGCAUCUACAGUCUGGCAAACACAGAAGCCGGUCAAGCCAUCGUCAAUAUAAUGGGAGUUGGGGUGGACACCAUAGACGUGGUACUGGCUGCACAACCCAGCAGCGGUGGCUCUGAGGGUCCAGGCCAAAUCCUGAUCCAAACUGUGAAACUGGCUUUCUCCGUCACAAACAACGUCAUUCGCCUCAAACCUCAGUCUGACGUGGCGUCGCCGCUGGAGCAGGCUCUGACGCAGCACGGCGGCCACAGCAACAACCUCGUCGUCGUUUUAGCAAAGUACAUUUACCACAAACACGACCCGGCUCUGCCCCGACUGGCCAUCCAGCUGCUCAAACGCCUCGCCACGGUGGCGCCAAUGUCCGUGUAUGCCUGUUUGGGAAGCGACGCCGCAGCGAUCCGCGACGCCUUCCUCACGCGGCUGCAGAGCAAGACCGAAGACAUGAGGAUCAAAGUCAUGAUCCUGGAGUUCCUGACGGUCGCCGUGGAAACGCAGCCGGGCCUCAUCGAACUCUUCCUCAAUUUAGAAGUCAAAGAAAGUAGCGACGGGUCAAAGGAGUUUCGGUUGGGAGAAUGGAGCUGUCUUCACGUGGUGUUGGACCUGAUCGACUCUAAGCAGCAGGGCAAAUACUGGUGUCCUCCGCUGCUGCACAGAGCCGCUCUGGCGUUCCUCCUCGCUCUGUGGCAAGACCGACGAGACAGCGCCAUCUCUGUUCUGAGAAUCAAGGACAAAUUCUGGGAAAAUUUGUCCACGCCGUUGUUUGGCAGCCUCCCUCCUCCUUCAGACACGGCAGAGCCAUGCGUGCUGGAAACCUGUGCUUUUGUCAUGAAAAUCCUGGGCCUGGAGAUCUACUACGUCGUGAGUGGUUCGUUGGAGAAGUCUCUGAAGGACAGCCUGCAGAAAUUCUCCAACAGCCGGCGCUACGAGUACUGGUCCCACUACGUGAAGUCGCUGGUGUGCCACGUGGCGGAGGUGGAGGAGGAGGGCGUCUGCUACUUGGCCGAGGCCCAGAAGCUGAUGGCGGCGUGGAGGAUGCUGCUGGUCCUCGCCACCUCUCACUCCGAGGUGAUGCAUCUGACGGAAGAUUCCACCAAGCUCAAGCUCUUCAUGGAUGUGUUGGACGGUGUUAAAGCUGCACUCACGACUCCCUCCUCUGUGCCUUGUCUCCGACUCGGGUCCAUGAUGGCCACUCUGCUGCUCAUCCUCCUCAAACAGUGGAAGAGUGUGGUAGCUGCGGCGCCUGAUAUCCUCUGCCCCCUCUCUCUGAUCCUGGAGAGUGUCCUUCAGGCCAACCAGCAGAUGAUGGAGAGAACCAAAGCCAAAAUCUUCUCCGCUCUGAUCUCUGUGCUGCAAAUCCAAGGCCUCGACGGAGGCGAGAUCUCUCAGCUACCUCAACUCCUCCUGUCCGUCUGCGAAACUGUGAAAGACGAAUCUCUGGCUCUCAUCGACAACACGCGUCUCAUCGGUCGAGCGGCAGAGACGGCGGAGGAUGAUGACUGCAUGGAGACGGACUCCCCCCGCGGGCAACAGAAGGAUCGCAGAGACGGGGUGUGUGUCCUCGCUCUGCAUCUGGCCAAAGAACUGUGUCGCAGCGAUGAAGACGGGGAGCAGUGGGUGUCGGUGAUGAGGAAGGUCCCAGUUCUGCCGUCUGUUCUGAGCGCUCUGGAGCUGAGCCUGAGAUCCAAACACAACCUGUACUUCACCGAGGCCGCGCUGCACCUGCUGCUCACUCUGGCGCGCACUCCACAGGGAGCUGCAGCGGUGGCGGGCGCUGGCAUCACUCAGACCAUCUGCCUUCCUCUCUUAAGUGUGUACGAAGUGUCCACAUCUUCUCAGAGUUUCUCACGGAAGUCCCAGGACUCUGCGUGUUGGCCCAGUGUGUACCGUCUGUGCAUGUCUCUGAUGGAAAGUCUGCUCAAAACUCUGCGUUACACGUUCAUCAACGAAGCACUGGACUUUGUCGGAGUUCAUCAAGAGCGAAUGCUGCAGUGUCUGAACGCGGUCCGCACGGUGCAGAGUCUGUCGUGUCUGGACGAGGCCGAUCACACGGUCGGCUUCUUGCUUCAGCUUUCUAACUUCUGUAAAGAAUGGCAGUUCCAUUUGCCCAAACUUCUUGGAGACAUUCAGAUCAAUCUGUGUUUCCUGUGUCAGACCUGCACAUAUCUGCUCCACAGCAAGAAGAUGCUUCAUCACUACCUCCAGGUGAAGAAUGGGGAGGCGCUGCCCCCAGGUCCUCUCUCCAGAACGGGUCGACUGCCUCAGACUCCGUCAAAAGACGCUCCCAGUGGAGGAGAGCGAGAGGAGGUGGAGCAGAAGGCUCUGUUAGCCGUGCAGUGCAGCCUCCUGAAGAUACUCAGCAAAACGUUAGCAACGCUGCAGCACUUCACCCCAGACUGCUGCCAGAUCCUCCUCGAUCAGUGCAUGGACUUAGCAGAAUACAAAAUCCUCUUCGUGCUGAGUUUCACCACUCCUGCAUUUGACCCGGACGUCCCUCCUUCCUUUGGGACGUUGUUAGCCACGAUUAAUGUAGCUCUGAGUAUUCUGAGUGAGAUCGAGAAGAAGAAAGAACCAGCGUCUUUAAGCAUCGUGUCACUCGCAUCAUCAGAGGAAAUCCAAGCCCUGAAGUCGUUGCUGUUGUUCACGAUGGAGAACUGCUUCUAUGUGCUGAUCUCGCAGGCAGUUCGCUGUCUCAAAGACCAUUCGAUUCCUCCCAGAGACAAACAGCGGCUCAAACAGGAGCUCUGCUCUGAGCUGAGCACUCUUCUGUCCAGUUUGUCGCGUCACUUCCGCAGAGGAUCCCCCUCGUCUCCUGCCAGCAGCGUCCUGCCCAAAGGAGCUGCUCCCAAAAACUCAGAGGGACAGGAGCCGUUGAUCCAGCUGGUGCAGGCCUUCGUCAGACUCGUACAGAGAUAG